UAGAGCAGCAUAUUGAAUAUUACCCGAGUCGCAGCAACCUUAAUUGGACACUCUAAUCCUGUCAUCAUCACUAAUCACUAUCACCUUCUCUCCGGCACCACCUGCUUACACCUCUCUCCGUCUUUCAGGUAGUUUAGCAGCAAACAGUGUUAGAUCAUAAAUUCAAUCCAUCACGCAAUUGAAGUUUUUAUUGGAAGCAGCCAAAAUGUCGCGGAAGGGUUUGAUGGAACAAGAUCUGAGUAAAUUGGACGUGACAAAAUUGCAUCCGCUUUCUCCUGAAGUCAUAUCUCGGCAGGCUACUAUUAAUAUUGGCACCAUAGGUCAUGUGGCACAUGGCAAAUCAACAGUUGUGAAAGCUAUAUCAGGUGUUCAGACUGUGCGUUUUAAAAAUGAGUUGGAGCGUAACAUUACAAUCAAGCUUGGCUAUGCAAACGCAAAAAUAUACAAGUGUGAAGAUGAUCGAUGUCCAAGGCCUAUGUGCUACAAGGCUUAUGGAAGUGGAAAAGAAGAUAAUCCUUUGUGUGAUGUGCCAGGGUUUGAAAACUGCAAGAUGAAAUUGCUGAGACACGUUUCUUUUGUUGAUUGCCCAGGUCAUGAUAUUCUCAUGGCUACAAUGCUUAAUGGAGCAGCAAUCAUGGAUGGAGCUUUGCUACUCAUAGCUGCUAAUGAAAGCUGUCCACAACCACAAACCUCUGAGCAUUUAGCUGCUGUGGAAAUUAUGCGUCUUCAGCACAUGAUAAUCCUUCAGAACAAGGUAGACCUAAUUCAAGAGAAUGUGGCUAUCAAUCAGCAUGAAGCAAUUCAGAAGUUUAUACAAGGAACGGUUGCUGAUGGUGCACCAGUGGUACCUAUUUCAGCCCAAUUGAAAUAUAAUAUCGAUGUUGUGUGUGAGUAUAUCGUGAAGAAGAUCCCAAUCCCUGAAAGGAACUUUAUCUCUCCACCUAAUAUGAUAGUAAUUCGGUCCUUUGAUGUCAAUAAACCUGGUUUUGAGGUUGAUGAAAUAAAAGGAGGCGUAGCUGGUGGAAGCAUUCUGAGGGGUGUUUUGAGGGUCAACCAAUUCAUUGAAGUUCGACCUGGGAUAGUUGUUAAAGACGAAAGCGGAAAUAUUAAAUGCACACCCAUAUACUCUAGAAUAGUUUCAUUGUAUGCUGAACAAAAUGAGCUUCAAUUUGCUGUGCCAGGAGGCCUAAUUGGUGUUGGGACAACAAUGGAUCCCACUUUAACGCGUGCUGACAGGUUGGUAGGGCAAGUUCUUGGAGAGGUUGGAUCACUGCCAGAUGUUUUUGUUGAUCUUGAGGUGAACUUUUUCUUGCUUCGACGGCUUCUUGGUGUCCGAACAAAAGGGUCUGAGAGACAAGGAAAGGUAUCAAAGCUGGCCAAAGGAGAAAUGCUGAUGUUGAACAUAGGAUCAAUGUCAACAGGUGCCAGAGUAAUUGCUGUGAAGAAUGACUUGGCAAAAUUGCAACUUACAUCUCCUGUGUGCACUAGCAAGGGUGAGAAGAUUGCACUGAGUCGACGUGUCGAAAAGCAUUGGCGUCUUAUUGGGUGGGGUCAAAUCCAAGCUGGAAUUACUCUCUACGUCCCUCCUGCACCCAUCUUGAGUUGAAGACAGACAAGAACGAGAAGAGAAAAGAAAAGAAGAGACAGACUAUAAGAAAACGCCUUUUUUUUUUAUAAAAUCACGAGAUGAAUUUAGAUAUGUGGGAAGGGAGACAAUUUUUGGGAACCAUUUUUGUAAGGUGGAGAAGAAAACAUUUGGAUUAUCAAGUUUUGUUUUCGCAGUGUGAUUUACUUGUUAUUUUCCCUACUGUUAACCUAUUUUUGAAGUUGUAUUUAAUGAUGAUUGCGUUUAGAUGGAGAGCAUGUGUUCACUGUUCAAAAAUUAUAAUUUUCACUGUGAUUCAUCAAAGCUACAAACAGUAGCUUCAA